AAUGAAAGAAAGAUAAGGUGGGAUAACAGCAAACGAUAAGGAAAUCAGGCAAAAAUUGCCUCUCUCUCUCUCUUCUCUUUCAAGUUUUAUGAUUAUCUAGCCAUGGCGAUCUGUAAUCAAAUUCUUCCAUCUUGUUCGUCGUCGAGAUCGGUCCCAAUUUUGAAAUCUCUGAAGCCAUUGGACCCGCUUCUAGUUUUCUCCCAUUCUCUGAGACCAAAAACGCAUUCUUUAAAUAGGAAGAUUCGGAGGCUGAGAGUGGAAGCCACCGCCACUCUCGAUUCCCCCAACGGCGCCGUUGGGGUGGCGGCGCCGGAGAAUAAGGAGAGAGAAAGUACCUCAGCCACUCCCUACGGACGGCAAUUCUUCCCUUUGGCUGCUAUUGUCGGCCAGGAUGCGAUUAAAACUGCACUUUUACUUGGGGCGAUAGACCGUGAGAUAGGAGGAAUAGCAAUAUCUGGAAAGAGAGGAACUGCCAAAACAGUGAUGGCGCGUGGUUUGCACGCUAUUCUUCCACCUAUUGAAGUUGUACCUGCUUCGAUUUCAAAUGCCGACCCGGCUAAUCCUGACGAGUGGGAAGACGGUCUUGCUGAUAGAGUAGAGUACGAUUCUGAUGGGAGUGUAAAAACCAAAAUAAUCAGGUCACCUUUUGUUCAGAUUCCACUUGGUGUUACAGAGGAUAGGCUAAUAGGGUCCGUUGAUGUCGAAGAAUCUAUAAAAUCUGGAACAACAGUUUUCCAGCCAGGCCUUCUUGCAGAGGCUCAUAGAGGAGUUUUGUAUGUCGACGAGAUUAAUCUUUUGGAUGAAGGUAUUAGCAAUUUGCUUCUUAACGUGUUGACUGAAGGAGUCAAUAUUGUAGAGAGAGAAGGUAUCAGUUUUCGCCACCCGUGCAAACCACUUCUUAUUGCUACUUACAAUCCCGAAGAGGGUUCUGUUCGGGAACAUCUUCUCGAUCGCAUUGCAAUAAAUUUGAGUGCAGAUCUUCCAAUGAGUUUUGAAGAUCGUGUUGCAGCCGUUGAAAUUGCAACAAAGUUUCAAGAAGAAAGUAAAGAAGUUAUUAAAUUGGUUGAGGAAGAUAUGGAUGAAGCAAGGACUCAGAUAAUCUUAGCAAGGGAGUACUUGAAGGAUGUGACUGUUAGCAGAGAGCAAUUAAAGUACAUCGUUAUGGAAGCCAUUCGAGGUUCUUGUCAGGGGCACAGAGCCGAACUAUAUGCUGCGCGAGUGGCGAAAUGUUUAGCUGCUCUUGAAGGGCGUGAGAAAGUUGGCGUGGAUGACCUGAAGAAAGCUGUGGAAUUGGUCAUUAUUCCACGGGCAAAUUAUAACGAAACCCCACCGGACCCACAAAACCAACAGCAACCUCCACCACCUCCCCCCCCUCCACAAAAUCAGGAGAAUGCAGAAGAGGAGAAGGAGAAGGAAGAGGCGGAAGAUCAAGAAGAGGAGGAUGAGAAAGACGAAGAGAACGAACAACAGGACGACGAACAAGUGCCCGAAGAGUUCAUAUUUGAUGCUGAAGGAGGGUUUGUGGAUGAGAAACUUCUCUUCUUUGCACAACAGGCACAACGAAAGAAAGGAAAAGCUGGCAGGGCUAAGAAUGUAAUUUUCUCCGAGGAUAGAGGGCGGUACAUUAAGCCAAUGCUUCCAAAGGGUGCUGUUAAGAGAUUGGCUGUUGAUGCAACUCUUAGAGCAGCCGCACCGUAUCAGAAGUUGCGCAGAGAAAAGGAUGUUUUGAAAACUAGAAAAGUUUUCGUAGAAAAGUCCGACAUGCGAGCUAAAAGAAUGGCUCGUAAAGCAGGAGCCCUGGUUAUAUUUGUUGUUGAUGCAAGUGGAAGUAUGGCACUGAACAGAAUGCAAAAUGCGAAAGGCGCAGCACUCAAAUUGCUUGCAGAGAGUUAUACAAGCAGAGAUCAGGUCUCGAUUAUUCCCUUCCGUGGAGAUGCAGCAGAAGUUCUCCUACCUCCUUCAAGGUCAAUUUCCAUGGCAAGAAAACGUCUCGAGAGACUUCCUUGUGGUGGAGGUUCUCCGCUUGCCCAUGGUCUUACCACGGCUGUGAGAGUUGGAAUGAAUGCAGAGAAGAGCGGUGACGUGGGGCGGAUAAUGAUUGUUGCCAUAACUGAUGGGAGAGCCAACAUUUCUCUAAAACGAUCCAACGAUCCUGAAGCAGCUGCAGCUUCUGAUAUGCCUAGACCCACUGCCAAGGAGAUUAAGGAUGAGAUUCUCGAGGUUGCCGGGAAAAUAUAUAAAGCAGGGAUGUCACUCCUUGUAAUCGAUACUGAGAAUAAGUUCGUCUCAACUGGUUUUGCUAAGGAGAUAGCACGAGUUGCUCAAGGAAAAUAUUACUAUCUGCCGAAUGCUUCGGAUGCGGUUAUAUCAGCAACAACUAAGGAAGCAUUAGCUGAUUUCAAGAACUCUUAAUUCAGACCAGCCCAAAACUAUCAGCAUAUAUAGUCUUGUGUUUUGAGCGGCUUAUUCAAUUUUUUCUUCUUUGUUGUGAGUAUUGAAAUGUAAUUUUACACAAGAUUUUUUUUUUUUUUUUUAUGUUUGUCAUAUAAUUUACAAACAUUUGAUUUUUGUGAUAUUGUGGAGAUAAUUAAUCUGGAGGUAGCUUCUUCUUCUUCUU